AUGGCUAACACAACUCCACAAUUUGAAACCAUCUCCCGAAAGGAUAAGAGAAGACACAACUUCGAAUCGAAAGUCAGCAAGAUUGCGCACAGCUUUUCGGUUGAGAGAGACAUACAUUAUCGAAAUAGGCUGACGUCUCUGCAAACCACAUUGACGACGUUACACCAAGGAAACAGCAGAGAGCUUAUACGGGAACUGCGAGACCUCGAGGAAGAACGAGACUUUGAACUGGUGCGCUUGCGGCUUUUUGAAGAGUAUCGUGUGAAUCGCUCGAGUAUCGAGUUCCAGGAGGAUUUAGAAAAGACUAAAGAAGAGCACGAGAAGAUUAUCAAGCUGUGUAAAGAGAAACUGUACGAGUCUCUGGAGUCCAAAAUGAAAAAAUUACAGGAGGAAAGGCUCCUGACAGAAGUCGCCAAUUCUCACUCGUACUCUAUGGACUACUCGCGCGCCAAAUUCCACAAGACCACCAGAAGCGCUACGGCCACCGCUUGGGACUCAUCCCCCAACGAAUUUGGCAGAGAAAUGUCUGCUAACGAAAGCGCUACCGAUACUGGAACAGAGCGCCGAUCGUUGAGGCGCCGUCUGGCAACCACUGCUACAUCACGGGCUAUGAGUGAGGAUCAAGAAAUUGCCUCCGCAAAGGACUCUCCCGCACCACCAAACUACGCUAGCGAAAGCUCAGACUCUAUGCUAUUGCAGGGCCUCAGUGACUCGUCCGAGCUCCAUACGUUAUUGUUUGGCGACAAAGAACGAGAGAAGAAGAAGACUAGAGGCACAAAUAGACUGUCCACCAAGUCUGCACCACCUUUGCAAUCGUUAAAGCCCGAAGAAGUUACCAAUGACAUUGCUCUAAUCAGAUCGCUGUCAGGACUACCGCCUGCUCCGUUUCGAAACUGA